AUGUUUGUCUUGUCGAGCCCGACAUACCAAGUGUACUAUCAGCCAAGAUCAAGAUGUGUGUAUGCGAUGCCAACAGCUGGGUAGGUUGCGUUGCAUGUUUGAAUCGGUAUGGAAGAUCAAACUAUGCAAAAACGCUACUAUAGCUGGCCAGCGUACCAAUUUUCUGUAUCGCCCUUCGCAGCCAUGGGUUUCAACGAGCAUGAAGCUGACAUUCGUCUUUGAAAACGGCGAUGGCCUGGAGAACAAUGUCGGAAUGACGCAUGAUGGAUCAGUCAUUGGUACAGAAGGCGACAUAUGCACCAGCGACCGACGUUCAAGAUCUCAAAAGGAUGAUAAAAACAAUGCUCAAUCUGAUCUUGAAAAGUUAAUCAACACGACGCCAGACACUGCUUGGGCACAACCUCUACAUACUGCUAUAGAGCUUCUCACUCGCCAGGAUGAUGGAUCGUCGAAAACACACAACCGACAUGAGCAGAAAACCAUCCCUGAUACGCGGACAUCGCUAUCCCACAUCUUAUCACCACCUUUAACCCUGGCCAGCAAGCCUUCUACCGCUUGCUCGUAUACACAUUCGCCCGACAACCUUGAUCUCGAUGCUCCUUCAUACAGUCCUCGCUCUACGGAUCUCUCAACUCAUCCAGCCGCAUCCCUUACACAUCGCGAAGUACUUCUCACACAAUACUUCAUCCGCGUUGUAUCGCCAUGGGAAGUGCCUUCGAGGGCAACCAAGUCUCCGAUGCUGCUUUUCGCGAUACUAGCGACGUCAUCUCGACACCAAGCUCUCGGAGACAAAGAUUGGCACGAAGCUUCAGACUAUCUUAGUAAAUGCUUGGAGCUGGUCAUACCAGCCCUCUCACAGCGAGAACAUUGCCGCGAUGAGAAUUUGCUUGUGACCAUUGUCUGUUUGAGACUGUACGAACUGUUCAGUCAUGAAACCUUUAGCUCUCUUCAUCUUGAUGGGCUUGCCGGCCUGUUGAGUGCUAUACCUGACUUCUUACAAUCAGGCGGGCUGGCAGAGGCGGCUGCUUGGGUGGCUCUUCGACAUGACCUAUUCAUUGCGAUGAUGAGCAAACAGGCUCCCAAAUUCAGAUUGGAAGAUUUCGACCGCUCGAUUGUUUUCCGGAGACGUGCAGAUCCCAGCGCGACUGCUUAUGCAGUUAUUCUGAUAUGGGCAAAGAUCUUGCGCCAUUUGUACUCGACAGACCGGGACAGUCUUUCUACCAAUUGGUCAGGUCUCGAAGAUGCUGUCAGAGAUUGGUACAACGAUAAGGACUUUCAGCCUCUCUUUCAACAAAACACGAACGUGGAGGCAGACCAGCCGUUUCCAAUCAUCAGCAUGAUCAGCGCGCCCCAAGUAUACCUCAACUUGCACAGAUCAUUCGACCCUCAGCAAGCUAUACCUGAAGCGCUAAUGGACGAUCGGUAUCAAGCAGCAAUCAGCUCAAUGUGCUCUAUCAUCGGCCUCGCGCGAUCAAACGCCUGGUUGGAUGAUGCAAACUUUCCCGCUUGCCAUAUUUUAAUCACAUGUAAGAGAACGAUAUCAAUAAGGCNNGGGCAUCGCAUCAUCGAUCCAUUACAGCGUGACCAUGCUCUUCGGUUCUUGGAUUACAUCAACAAACACUUCGGAUAUCGCACCGACAGGACUGCAAAUGCAUUGAAACAUCAGUGGACAGAGUCCGAUACCUCAAGAAAGGAC